CUGGGGAAGGGUUUUAAGAGUGCAUAUCUAUGUGAUCUGGUAUGGUGGGGGUGUCCAUGCCUGCGGCAGGGGGCUUGGAAUGAGAUAAACUUUAAGGUUCUUCCCCACCCAAACCAUUCUGUGAUUCUAUGAAUGUGCUUUGAAACAGAGUUCAAAUAACAGUAUUAGUGAAGCACUGGAAAAAAUAUUCAUUGUAGUCAUGGUUAUUUGAAGACAAUCUCACUGGAAGAGUUACAGGACAGCAAGAUAGGAUUCUACUGAAGCUCUUAAGUUUGAACUGAUUUUGCUGCUGGGGAAGACUGGUUACAUAUUUAUGACCUACUGUAUACAGAUGCAUGAGGCAGCUUCUUCUAGGCUCUUGCUUACAGUAAGAAAUAAAAGCCUCCAUUGUAUUUAAAGGGUGCGGUGAGCUUCCUGUUUAAUUGAUAAACUCUAAAAUACCCAGUUAACUGGAUUUUGUUUGCUCAAGUUUGGGAGGUUUUAAAUCAAAUACGAUAUAUUGAAAUUUGAACAACUGGAGGAAUGUUGACUUGUAAGAUAAUUGAGGACCCGUGUGCCCUUUGGUACAUGCUGGGAGACAGGGCUUGUCAUUUUAAUUGAGAUUCUUUUCUGAGCAGACUGGGGAUGCUACUUUCGAUUUAAAAUUCUACUUGUGUGAGUAAUUUCUUUUUUAAGCAGCAUCCCCAGAAGGCUCAAAUGAGAGAUUGGAUUAUUUUGGACUUUGUAGCCAAUUAUUUUGUUUUCUAGAAAAGAUUAUUUGUACAUCGAGACAGUAAAAAUCUUGUGGUUCCAACAAUCCUUCUGUCUCUCUUUGGGAUACAGUUAAAAUUAAAGGCCUGGUUCUUCACAGCUGGUUUAGUGAUUAUUGUUCCUUUGAGUCAGACAAGCAUUAAAGGUCACCCAGGUUAAGAAAGCACAGUUUGUUUGGAGUGACCUUUUUUGAUGAGUUCAGUGUUGCAGAAUCUGAUCCAUGCAAUGUCUGAUUUAUAGAUGGACUGUACCGGGUUUGUUUUGUAAGUUGUCUUGCUCCUUUUUAGCACUUGAAAGAGGAUAUCAGGUUGGAAAAACAGAUAUUGUGGAGAGUAACUAAAUUGCUAUCCAUUGUGAGAUGGAAGAACCAGUUCUUGAUAAAUUGCCAUCUUUGUGCCAUACUCCAAAGGAUUCUGGGGCAGCAGCUCCACAGGCGACUAGUUCAGGGAAACAGCCAAUGAGUGCAGCUCUGAGGGAGCGAUUGAGGAAAACAAGACGUUCAUUUAAUGCUAAUAUUGCAGUGGCAAAGCGGCUCAAAAUAAAUGCUGAAGAAAAAGACUGUCCUGAUGCUGACAAAGGGUGUCUGCCAAAGACAAGUACAGAUUGUUCCACAUUGCAAGAUACUUCAGAAAACCUAGAAGGAAAUGGCACUGGACAUAUAUGUGUCAAAAGUCCGUUACAGGAGAGUGGUCUCUGUGGAUCUGGAGAGAAUUCUGAUGUGCUACAGACUCGUCUUAGUCAGCAGCAGUCCCUGGAAGAAAAAGUAAGCCUGCUGAAACAAGUGCAAGAGAAAGAAGAACUACUUCGGAGGCUCAAACUGGUUAAGAUGUAUCGAUCUAAGAACAACCUGUCUGAACUGCAGGCUCUGAUAGUGAAAUGGAGAAGUAGUACCCAGCUGAUGCUAUAUGAACUCCAGUCCGCCUUUUCUGCAGACGGCAAGAAAGUGAGUCUCACUCAACUGAUAGAUACUUUUGGAUUAGAAGACCAAUUACUGCACUACAGCAGAACAGAAGAAGACUUUGUAGAUUCAUAAUCUACAGGUGUAAAAAGCUUUGAAUUACACACAUGCAAAAGCAGAAAAGACUGAAUGAAUUCUGAUCACAUAAGAAGUAUUGAUCAGACAGUGGACUUUAUGCUUUGAGGUUAUGAGGAUUUCUUGGGAGUUACUUUUAAAGCUGUGUACUUAAAUACAGUAGGCACUGUAAAAGGCAUUACCUAAGAGAAAACAGUGAACUCGUGCUGUUCUGGCUUAACAACUUGAUUAAUGAAUCAUUAUUUAAUAAAAAUCAAAUUAAAUGAAGCCAUA